AUGGUGACAUUCAGAGAUGUGGCAGUAGACUUCUCCCUGGAUGAGUGGGGAUGGCUGAGUCCUGCUCAGAGGAAUCUGUACAGGACUGUGGUGUUGGAGAACUACCAGAACCUGUUAUCAGUGGGAGUUUGUAUUUCUAAGCCUUAUGUAAUCUCCUUAUUGGAGCAAGGGAAGGAACCCUGGGAGACGAGCACAAUGACAAGGAGCCUACUGGCAGAUGGAGAACCUAUGUAUGAGGGACAGGAGUUACCUCUGAAGCAGUUCAUGUGUAAUGACAUGUCAGUGGACAGAGUUACCAGCUUUGGACUUGAGUUUUCCACUCUUGAAAAAGAUUGGAAAUGUAAAGGCAUUUUUGAGAAGCAGAGGGUAGUGCAAGAGACAUCGAGCAGGUCAGAAACUUGUGAAGACACCCUCACUAAGGAAACAGGCCACAAAUGUACCAAACCUGGGAAAUUAGUGGAAGAGAAUAUUUAUAACUACAAGUCUGAUAAGAAAAGCUUCUCCACACAUUCCAAGGCAUGGAAAUACAAGAAAAUCUAUACAGGAAAGAAACUUUUUAAAUGUAAUGAGUGUGAUAAAACCUUCACCCAUAGCUCAUCAGUUACCGUUCACCAGAGAAUUCACACGGGAGAGAAACCAUAUGAAUGUAAGGAAUGUGGGAAAGCUUUCAAGCAGAGUCACCACCUGGCUCAGCACCACCGAACUCACACCCGGGAGAAACUCUUUGAGUGUAAGCAGUGCAGGAAAGCUUUCAGCCAGAAUGCAUACCUUAUUGUACACCAGAGAAUUCACACUGGGGAGAAACCUUACAAAUGUAAGGACUGUAGGAAAACCUUCAGGCAGCCUUCGCACCUGGCUCAGCAUCAGAGAAUUCACACCGGAGAGAAGCCCUAUAAGUGUAAGGAAUGUGGGAAAGCCUACAGGGACAGCUCGACGUUUGUUCAACACCAGAAGUGUCACAGUGACCAACGACCCUACGAGUGUAGUGAGUGUGGGAAAGCCUUCCGGUAUAACAUGUCUCUAACUCGGCACUUUAGACGUGAUCAUACUGGAGAGAGGCCUUUUGACUGCCUUGAUUGUGGAAAAGCCUUCAGUGUCCAUAUAGGACUCACUCUGCACAGGAGAGUUCAUACUGGAGAGAAACCCUACAAAUGUCACGUGUGUGGAAAAACCUUCCGCAGUAGUUCAUCCCUGACUGUCCACCAGAGAAUCCACACAGGAGAGAAACCGUAUGAAUGUGGUGUUUGUGGGAAAGCUUUUAGUCAUCGUUUGUCACUCACUGGGCAUCAAAGAAUACAUUCUGGGGAGAAACCCUAUGAGUGUAAGGAAUGUGGGAAAGCAUUCAGGCAGAGUGUACACCUAGCUGUUCAUUUGAGAAUCCAUACCGGUGAGAAACCCUAUGAAUGCAAGCAGUGUGGCAGAGCCUUCAGAGAAAAUUCGCAGCUGAACACUCAUCAGAGAACGCACACAGGAGAGAAGCCAUUUGAAUGUAAGCAGUGUGGUAAAGCUUUCAAAAGAAGGCCGUAUCUGGUCAGACACCAGAAAGUUCAUACAGGAGAGAAGCCCUAUGAGUGUCAUGAAUGUGGUAAAGCCUUCAGCCAUUCUGCCUACCUUAUUCGACACAAGAGAGUUCAUACUGGAGAGAGACCUUACAAGUGCAUGGAGUGCGGGAAGGCCUUUGGUGAUGGGUCAAGCCGGACUCAGCAUCAGAGGCUUCACACUGGCCAGAAGCCCUAUGUGUGUGCUACAUGUGGGAAGGCAUUCAGAACCAAGUCAUCUCUUAACUGUCACCAGCAAUGUCACUCGGGAGAGAAGCCUUAA